ACACUGUCGAAAGAGCAUUAUUUCCAAGUGGCGGAUGGGAUGCUGCGCUUUGGGAGCCAGUGACCAUACGUGUUUGUCAUUCAUUUGUGCUCUCAUUAGACUAGGAUUCACGCGGGGUCCGGACUCGGAACAUUUGGCAUGCCGAUUUUCCGUUUAUUUUAGCCAAGGCAACUUCCAUCUUUCUUGUGGUGACUGCAUGGGGACCCUCAAAGAUCAGAUUGAUUCUUGUUUGACCGGUCUUAAGCAUUGCACCGAGCUCCCCCAAAUUCUACUCCGUGUGUUACACCAUCCUAAUUUGACGUCCAAUCUCGAUCCUUCAAUUUCGUAUUUGGAAUCCGAUACACUUCAGUCCUCCGAUUUGUAUCACGUACUUUAUCGCCUUUUCAAAGUAUGUGGCGAUGAACAAAGCCAAUUAACUUACGACGUUUUUGCUCAAUGUGCUGUUCGUAUUUCCCAGCCAGAUCUGGUUUUCCGGUUUCUUUGCGACCGCUUGGACUGCGAGAGAGAGGCGGAUCAUUUGGAAGUCAUUAUCCAACAUCUUGAGCUGUUUUUGUUUGAGUUUCGUCGGCUACCCGAUGUUUUAUCCGAAUGGUGCUCUGCUUUUGAAGACAUUUUAUUUUAUGAGAAGCUGGUGCGUGUAUUGACCUCACUCCCCACUCGAGCUGCGAACCGCUUGGGCGCAUCAAAGAAGUCAAGACUUUUUGAUCGAAAACUGUUCGUGAGCAUCAUCUUAUCUUCGUUUGUGUUUGAUGCCCAUACCGAAAGCCGGUGGAGUUUGUACGGUUUAAUUGUCAGUCAGCUUGUUCUUACAGGCUAUUCGUCUGAGGUGGCAUCUUUCAUUCUGUCAGAUAUAGAAAAGGAUCAGUGUUCCGGCCAGAUACCGUGCUCUACAUGGUCUCAUAUCGUCCCCCGCAUAAAGGAGAGAAGUUUGGAAAUGUUUUUGCUACCUGUCCUUCGCUUCAGCUCUCAUCCGCAUAUAGUCGCUGCUCUUCUGCCACGGGAACCACUCUCCUCCCCUACCUCUGCCUAUAUGAGGCUCUUCAGACGCCUACUUUUUGUCCGUUAUUUUCCUCAGGGCCAGAUAGUGCGUAAUAUUUUCGGAGCGCUUGCCGAACUUGCCAAUUCUUUUGAGGAAAUGGAAGCUCGAGACACUGUGUUUCACAUUGUUAACGAACAUCUGGGGUUUCCUGCACUUCGUUUGUGGGCCGAUGCCACAGCUAUUCAAGCGACAUCUGUGGAACAGCGGAUCUACAACUCGCAAGCAUUAGCUUCUUGGUUGUCAGAUUUCUAUGUACCUCUCUCUUCAGCCCUCUCUUUCAAAGUAUCUAAUUCCCUGCUACUUCCAGAUGUACUUUCGGGAAUCAGCAAUCACUUGGCCAGUCCUAGGCAAGAGGUUCGGCUUAUCGGGAUGGCAGUUGGAGAGUGGAUUGUCGGUUUCGUUGAUUUGGCCUGUGACUCCGCCAGUCGCGAUACACUGAAGUUCACUUACGAGGAGACGGAUGUUGUUCAGCAACUUAGACCGUUUUUUUCACCAAUUGCUCCCUUUACUCCUCUAAAAUUACAGGAUCCUCAAGUGACAUCGGAAGUAGAAUGCGACCACCAGACGGUGACUACUUCUGCUGCGACUCAGGAUCAUCCGGAUGUUUUAGAUAGCGAUGAUGAUCCGGAACCCAGUAAUCCCCCUGAGGCGACUCUGCCUCCGUUGCCACAACGUCCCGGACAGAAAAAGCAGCUCUCUUCAUUCACCAAUACAUCUGAGCGGCGACCCCGUUAUUUGCGUGAGUGUCUGGACGGGAUGUUGCUUACAAAACCCGAAGACAAUCAAAUCAGUGUCGCUUGUUUUGAAGCUGCUGCUGAUCUGAUUUACGCUCAUCCCCAGGGGGCCCGAGAACUAGCAACAGAGUUGGCUCAUGUGUUCGUUCAUUUAGAACCACCUGCUUGCCCGGAUGAGGGACAACUAGCUACAAAACGUCACGCUGCUUUGGUGGCCUUGGGUGUCGUCGCUCCUAAACAAUGUGCUCGAUAUCUGACCAACGAAUUCUGCCAGCCAAACUGUUCUCUGGGUCAACGGCAAAAUAUUAUCGCAGCCAUUACAGACAUCGCAUGCACCUUGUCCACAACAGAGAUUUCAGCCUCUCCAAAAGUACACGAUCCACCGCCCCAGGUGGUUUCUGUUAAGACCGACCCCAAAACUCGUCGGUUUUGUAGCAAGCCCGCGGCUCCAACACAGACUGUGAACAGUUUCAUUACAGUGGCUGGCGAGUUUUUCUUUCCUCUUCUGCGAAGCAUUCCUCAGCUCUUCUGUUCUUCUCAAGCUGAUGGUGUGUUUGCUCAUCAAGAUGCUAGUCUGUUGAGUAAUUUGAUAGCUUCCUUAGCUACUGUAUAUGCGUGUGCUCAGUUCGCUCCUGUUCAGCUUCGGAUGGCCACCGAACUCAUGGAAAUUUUGCCCUCACUGUAUAAACAUUCUGAACCUGCUGUUCGACGGGCUGUGCUAAUAGCAGUCGGUACCGUCAUCACAACGACCCCAUCCUCUAUACUCUCAUCCAACCCACAGCUGUUUAUUGGCGCGCCCCAUAUAGAGGAGACUAGCCUGUCACUUUACGUGCGGUCCCAGGCCUCUCCUCCCUCUUUAGUUUCUUGGUUGAAACGCUGCGCAACAUUAGAGACUGAUUCGGAAUGUCAGCUACUUGCUUCGGUUGGGCUGUCUUCCUUGGUUGAACGAGUCCAAAGUUUAGCUGAUCUGCGAUAAAACGCCUGUGCUGUACAUAGCCUUGUUUUGGCUUUACCUGUAAAUAGUUUCAUGAAAUACAACUCUGUUGAGUC